GACGUCAAUAGGCGCGUGCCCGGUAGCCCGUAGUAACCCGGAGUCUGCGGAAGUGGAGACCGCUGGGCACGCAGCUGAAACAGGGGACUGAAAGUUGUGGAACCGUCAUUUGUGACAUCAGGUUUUUUUGUGGCAAGCAGUCGUGUAUGAUUCCGGGUGAUUAAGAUAAAUAGGAGGCCCCGUCUGAGAGUUUUAACAAAGCUGUCCACAACCUCCAGCAUGGACAGAAAGCUGGACCCUUCCCGAGAUGACCUGCCUCUCAUGGCCAACACUAGCCACAUACUUGUGAAGCACUAUGCACUGGAUUUAGAGGUGGAUUUUGAAAGUCAAGUCAUGGAGGGCACCAUUGUGCUUUUCUUUGCGCCUGAUGAUCCUGAAAACAGAUUCAGGAAAAAGGAUAGUUCCACUGAGGAGACCUGCCAAUCUGAGUCAAGUGAAGCCUGCACAGCUAGAAUGCCGGAACCCUGCCACGUUCCUGGGACAAGUACAAGGACCUUCUCAUCUAAAACGGGAUACAAUGAUUUUGCAAUGUGUGGUAAAGGUGAAAAAGAUACUUCUGGUAAAGAUGGUAACCAUGACAACUGGGAACAGGCUUCUGGGAUUUCUAGCUCAAAGUACUGCUGUGACACAGGGAAUCAUGGGAGUGAGGAUUUUGUGCUCGUGUUGGACUGCUGUGAUUUAUCUGUGUUAAAGGUUGAGGAGGUGGAUGUUGCUGCUGUGCCAGGUAUUGAAAAAUUUACAAGGUCUCCCAAGCUCACGGUUGUUUCUGAGCUCAGGAAUCAGAUUGUACAUGAACUUGUGACUCUGCCUGCAGAUCGUUGGAGGGAGCAGUUAGACUAUUUUGCUUGCUGCAGCCAGGCUCCUGGCUGUGGAGAACUCCUGUUUGACACUGACACUUGGAGCUUACAGAUCAGGAAAAGAGGGGCUCAGACAGCUACUGACUUUCCCCACGCCGUAAGGAUAUGGUACAGAACCAAACCCCAGGGGCGAUCAGUUACGUGGACCUCAGACCAGAGUGGCAGGCCAUGUGUUUAUACUAUGGGAUCUCCCAUAAACAACAGGGCCCUUUUUCCAUGCCAGGAGCCACCCGUUGCCAUGUCAACAUGGCAGGCCACAGUCCGAGCAGCUGCAUCUUUUGUUGUUUUAAUGAGUGGGGAAAAUUCUGCCAAGCCAACACAGCUUCAGGAAGGGUGCUCAAGCUGGCAUUACUACGUCACCAUGCCGAUGCCAGCCUCCACCUUCACCAUUGCAGUGGGGUCCUGGACAGAAGUGAAGGCAGAGACCUGCUCAUCGAAUGACCUGGCAGCAGAAAGAAGAGGCUUCUCACCUUCUGAUGCUGACUUCGGGUGUGUUGGUGUUUGUUGCCACAUGGAAUACCCCUGCCGCUUCCAGAAUGCUUCUGCCACCACCCAGGAGAUCAUUCCUCAUCGGGUCUUUGCCCCAGUGUGCCUCCAAGGUGCCUGCCAAGGGACUCUUCUGCCACUUGUCCCUCCUUGCCUCUCAGCAGCAUACUCUGUCCUGAGAACACACCCGUUCUCCAGGCUGGAUGUGCUCGUCGUGCCUGCCAACUUUCCAAGUCUGGGGAUGGCCAGCCCACACAUCAUCUUCCUCUCUCAGAGCAUGUUGACUGGAAGGAGCCACCUCUGUGGGACCCGUCUCUGCCAUGAAAUCGCUCAUGCCUGGUUUGGCCUAGCUAUCGGGGCCCGCGACUGGACAGAAGAGUGGCUGAGUGAAGGAUUUGCCACUCACUUGGAAGAUGUCUUCUGGGCCAAAGCACAGCAGCUGGCCCCCCAUGAGGCCCGGGAGCAGCAGGAGCUGCGGGCUUGCCUGCGCUGGCGACGCCUCCAGGACGAGGUGCGGAGCUCCCCGGAGGAGAUGCAGGUGUUGAGACCCAAUAAAGAGAAAACUGGCUGUGUGAGUGACUCAGGAUCAUCUGUCAUCAAACAUGGGCUCAAUCCGGAGAAGGUCUUCAUGCAGGUUCAUUACUUAAAGGGCUAUUUCCUUCUCCGAUUUCUUGCCAGAAGACUUGGAGAUGACACCUAUCUUUCAUUUUUAAGAAAAUUUGUGCUCACAUUUCAUGGGCAAUUGAUUCUUUCCCAGGAUUUCCUUCAAAUGCUGUUGGAGAACAUCCCAGAAGAAAAAAGGCUUGAGUUGUCCGUUGAAAGCAUCUUCCGAGACUGGCUUGAGAGUUCCGGGAUACCACAGCCGCUGCAGACUGAGCGCCAGGCCGGGGCGGAGUGCGGGCUCGCGCGGCAAGUGGGCGUAGAGGUCGAGAAAUGGAGUCGAGUGAACCGGAGACCCCGAAAACGGAAACGAAGGGGGACCGAAGAAGUGUUUGAAAAGCUUCUUCCAGACCAGCUGGUCUUGCUUCUAGAGCAUCUUUUGGAGCAGAAGACCCUGAACCCCAGAACUCUACAAAGGCUUGAAAGGACAUACCACCUCCCCCAGCAGGAUGCAGAGUGUUUUUUCCUGAGCAUAUCCACAUGAAAAGUCGCUUUCUGAGGAGGUGAGUCUGCUAUUUCCAUAGCUCGUUUAAGCUGUCUCCGCUGCUUGUGCCUCCAUUGCCUCAUUCGCUGCAGAGCUGUCGUUGGCAGAAGCGGACAUUCCUGAUGCAUCGGACCAGGAGCCUCAGUUGUGUGAGCAGCCUGUCCAGGCGCGAAUAGGGCCCAUUAUUCACGAGUUGCGUUAGCUUCUUUGGCAUUAUCCCCCCCCUCCUUCCUUCUUCCCCUCCCUCCUUCCUUCUCUGUGUGUGGGUGGGCGGGUGAGUCCCACUGGGAAGUUUAUUUUUAUUGAUUCUCUGUAUAGCCCAGCCUUUGUGUUCCUGUGUUGCUUCUCUGUUUUGGCUGUGUUCGCAGAAGGUCUGGUCUGUUGGUCAUGGCGUCUUGUCUGAUGGUGCUGGCCAGCUGCUUCCGUGUUGGGGUGGUAGUUUACACAGCCCCUGCCGUCCGUGUGCCUGCAUCACGUGUGGUGUGAAUCCCCAGUUCUGCUCUGCGGGGAGGGAUACCACGUGUUCACAAUCUUAAAGGAAAAGUGCAUGGGAAUAAAUGCAUUAAGAAGCUGGGCAGACAAAAGCAUAUCGUGCUACACCAUCUAGAGCGUGCCUUCCCGCCCCCAUUGCCCCCAUCUAAAAAGUGGGGCACUGCUGGGGCAACGUUUGCAUUCCAUAGCCUGGAAAGCAACACUAACGAGGGGUAAACCAUCUUCCACAUCCUGAGCCAGACACUGCUAACCCCAUACUGGGCUACCCGAACCAGGAUGGGGAAGGAACAGACGGGAAUAUCAGCUCAUAGAAAUACAUUAGCUUCAGGUUUUAACAUACUGGCUCAAAUAAAGAGCCGUAAGAGUUUAAAAGUAUAUUGGACACCUGACUGUUGGAACAAAAGAUAUUUUCUAAGGUCCCUUUUUAAAUAACAAAUUUCCUGCUCUCUUUAGUAGGUCUCAUAAGCUGUAAAAAUAGCUGCCCCAUGUGAGGUGAAGGUCCGCGGAACUUGGCUGUGUGACCUUCCCCACCCCAAGUGCCCACGAAGCAACUUUAGUGCAGCAGACUACUUCAAACUUGGGGCCCACCUCAAGUGAAUUUUUGGAAAACUAAAAAACAACUCACUGUCUCCCAUGUCUCAGGUGGUAGUGGUAGACAUUUGUCAAGAUAGGUCCCCAUGGUAGCACGCUGAUGUUUCAGCUGGUAGGUUGAGCCAGAAAAUUAAUCUGGGAGAGGCCAUUACCCGCAUCAGUUCAUCUCCCCUGUCUUUGGGCACCACUGUUGGUUGAGAGGAAGAGGUCUCCAAGGUUAGAUUAAAGUGGGAAAGUGUGGGUACCAUGGCUGUGCCUUCCCUCCAGUCUUCCUUCAGGGGUGCCGCCCUCGCGCCUGGCCUCGUGUGAAGAGAAUGACAUCUGCUAGUGCGCGUUUGAGCGGCUCUUCCACAUCUCGGUGCAGUGAGAUACCCAGGCCAGCCACCAGGUGGUAUGGGCCCAGGCAUCAAUUUUCCAUCAAGUUGGACUUGAGUCCCAGGCCCCCAGAUGGCUGGUGACCACAGGCAAGUCACCCACCCUCCCGGGACCCCAUUUUCCCCGUCUGCACAGCAGUGCCUGGACUAGACUUCUGGCGUCCCAGCUUUUGACCACAGCCAAGUGGUAAAGAAAAGGUUUCAUGAAACUAUAUUUACUCUUACAUUUUCUAUUAUUUCCUAUUUCAUUUUCUUAAAAAGUGUGCAUUAUGAUGCAAUAAAUGGAUUUUAUGACACACACAUGGGUCACGGCCCCAAGCUUGGAAAUGAAUGGACAGGCGGUGUCCCCAGCUCUGCCACUUCCUCCCUGCGUGCUGUCGCCAAGGUUCCGGCACCUCCAUCUGCUCAGGAGUAAAGCAAAGCCACAAACACCUUCUUCACAGGGUUGUUAACAUGACAUGACAGAAUGUCAGUGAGCUUCCAUGGUCUUAACGUAAUCUCGGUUCUUGUAAGAUUCACCAUCUCCCAUUUGGUGUGAAGUGGUCAAGUUUUGUUAUUUAGCUGAUCUCUUUCUUUUAAUCUUUUGGGACUGGCAGGGAGAAAGAGAAAAGGAGUACGUGUACCCAGCUGUUAGGAGCCCCUAAGCAUCUGGUCAAAGAAUUCUUGAUCUGGUGGCUUGGUGGGGUUUUGGCGGGGAGGGGGGCCUUGCUCUAAAUCAGUUUCUUAAUCUUAGCCCUACUGACAUUUUGGACUGGAUAGUUCUCUGCUGUGGGGGCUGUCCUGUGCAGUGUAGAAUGUUGACCCAUGAGAUGCCAGAGGCAACCCCACCCCCACCCCCUCCCAGUUUGAGCAGUCAAAAAUGUUUCCAGACAUUACCACAUGUCACGUUGGGGCAAAGCCACUCGAGUUAAGAACCACUGGUCUAAACCAACAACUGAUUGACAAAAAGCAAUUUUUUCAUCUCAUCUAAUAGUGCCUGACAGUGGGUUACAGCAUACAGGGGAGUAGCUAGAAAGGUGGUUGACAACACCAAGAGGCCACCCUCCGCCAGCUGUGUUCUCCCACGGCUGCAAAGAAUGUAACCUUGGGAGAGGUGAAAACAGAACCUCUCAGGGGGGAGAACAAGAAGGAAUUGCAAACUAAAGCAAUAGUAGCAAGUAAAUCUAAGGCAAGAGAUUAGUGAGUAAAGACAAACCUGUUUUACCACUAGUACCCAGCGAAAGCCACGCCAGCAGCUGUCUGCAUUCUGCUCUGAAAAGGACACUUUCAAGGUUGAUUGCAAAUGGAAAAACAUCCAGCCUUGCAGGGCAGGCCGUUCCCCACAUGCCUUUCUUUCCUCUGGCUCUGGCUGAAGAGCCCUUGCAAACCAGAGGAAAUCGCCACCUCCCGUGGUGGGCUCUACAUAUGCAGGAAGGGCGUGGAACAGAUACAGCAGUAAGAGAACUCAUUGUUCGCCUGAAAACACCAUAGCAUUUAUUUGAAGUCCAAGGUGGAAGGUGUGAUUCCAGGAUUGCAAUGGUCUGACAGCUCUUGAUGCUCAUUUCUGAAUUUCGUUGGGACCAAAAGCAUAGUUUCUGUGCAUUGAGGGCAUUUCAUGAUUAACAUCUCUAGAGAGGCAUAUUAAAAAGGGCAGAGAAUAAAGGUUUGACUAGGUAUCAAGUCUCUGAAAUCUAAAAUUGACCAAUAGCUGUGAUCUGCCCAUUCCCUUUCUUGGUAAAACCCCCUCAGUUCAGGGUGACAAGUGUUGGGGCUCCGUUCCCUGCCAUGGGGAGCUCCUUGUUUCCCGCUCUUCCCGGUUGCUUUUCAGUAGUAUUCCAGCUACAAAAUGAACAUUUCUGUUUUGUUUUCCUCACAGAAGAGUUACAGGUGAGGUGAGGUGUGAUCUCCUUGGGCUCGGUGGACACUUCAGGAAGCUCACAGUGUCUAUUUAGUAAAAUACUGUGUACUGAACUUGGUGCCUCCUUCCUCCUUGGUCCGCCUUGACGCGGAAUCUAAGUAGCAUAGAGGCAGAAAUGGACCUUGCUGACGUCAGGUCCGUAGUAGCGGUGUUCGAGGGUAGCCUGCAGGGGCGACGGGACAGGAGGCCCAAGCAGAGGAGCAGUGCCAGACUACUGCCCUGUCUCAGUGCUGCCCCAGUGGCCGCUGCCUCUCCCUCCUCCUGGGCCCUGGAGGCCACCCUGGGUGCAUGCAUAUUCCUGGUCUCCCCCAGGUCAUCAUCCUUUGUUGUCAGGAGCCACCAGCCUGGAGCCCAGGAGGCAUGUUUUCAGAUUGAACAUAAAAAAGGGACCAUUGUGGGGGAUCAGACUGGUGGUUCUCCAGGGUAAAAUGCCAGGGGCCACAUGGAGUGAGAGCUUCCAGAAAGGCAGUUUGGCGCCUGCCACAUCCAGCAUUGAGCUGCUUGUCACAAUUUCUUCACGAGGACAAGGGGUCUGGCUCGUUGGCCUCCUGACAUGGUCAGACUCAGCUUGCAAAGCAGAGGUCAAAUACUGACGAAUAUGAACUUUAGGAUGUGAGGUAUAAACAGUGUGACUUAAUAUCAUUUUUUAAAAAGCCACGACAAUGCUUGUGAGGGGCACAGCUUUCCCUUUGACACAGCAUUGUAAUUCCUUUCCUAGAGUUUGAGAGCUGGCUGGGGUGUGGAUUGAAAAAAGGGAUUGAGGUAUUUUUCUUUAGUUGCUUUGGACUUAACUGUCUGUUUUAAACCAUGUACCUUUAGUGAUGUGGGAAAGAACAGAGCUUUUAUAGUAAUUCUUUAGUUGUAUUUGUGUAUUUUUUUUCUUUGUUAUAUUUGGUUUAUGAAACAAUGUUUCAAGAACAUUUCCUUCAAAACCAGGAAGAUAUCUCUAAGUAUUUCUUCCUUGGGGUUUUAUUUCUUGGGGGUUUAUUUCUGUUACUCAGUUCAGUGCUCCUGGAACCUUUCUGUGGAAACCUUGCAACAAAUAAAGUCUCCCUUGCUAUACUGUGAUGAAGGGGUGUUUUUUCAAAAACUGGUCUUAACUGACAAAAAAUAACAAAACAACAACAAAAAACCCACACUUUCACCCUUUAGAUCAAUAUUUGUCUCCUGUUCCUGAGGCCUGGGACCUUGAAUUGUUAACAGCACAUUGGGGCUGGUCAGAUGUUUGUUAAAUAAUGAAGGUAAAGAAAAAAAAUGAGCCACUGAUGGCAAAAUCUGCCUGAUUUAUCUUUUUAAGAACCGUUUAAAUAGCUAUUUAGUAUUUGUAAAUAAAAGGAAAAGAUCAUUUAGUAUGCGGGCUUUUGGCUACAGGUUCAGCCUGACUUUGUUAGAAAAGUGCCUGGUCACUUACUGUCCUUUGUGUGUGCCGCUGCCACUGCACUCGGCAGCAGGUCCUAGUGGACAGAGGCUCUGAGGGUCAGUGUCCGCUCUUUGUGUGUGUGUCCCCGCGGUCUGUACAGACUUGCUCGGUGCGGAGAUGUGCACAUUUGCUGGGUAUAAAUCGCAUUGCCCAGGUGCUCUUUUUUCUGUAGAGCCUGCAACCCAGCUACGUAUCAGGUUUUUCAUUUUGUCUUUAAAGGUCCCGAAAUCAACACGUGGUGUUUUAUUGGUGCUUCUGGCUUUUUUAAUACCUACACUGAUAGUUUACAUAUUUUCAUAUUAGAUUUCCAUGCUAAGAUCCAUGCCAAGACAGCACACUUUCAUGUCUGUGAAGUUAUCUGCAAACACUGCUGUUUUCUUUCAAACUGUAAACUGGGCCGUACUUCUAUGUAACGUGCCCUGAAUGCCCUAAAACAGGCUCACUUUUGCCAGAAUGCUCAGAUGUCUUUCCAGGUUGCCUGCUUCCCUCCAGUGCCUUUCCUGUACCCCUUUCUCUGCUCUCUAGCUCUAUGACUCAUCAGGAUUAGGGAGUGAGGUUUGUCUGGCCCUGGAGCUGUGGAACCAGCGAACUGCAGACAGAACAGGCCCUGCAUGCAGUGUGCAGCUGGAGCAGGGGACCUGAGCCUGCCUUGCAGACAGGGGACAGUGCUCUGGAGACCUCACACGUUCCCUGGAAGUCUGUGCCUCUUACAUGGGAAUGUUUGUACAGGUGCCUGACAGCAAAGAGAAAGCAAUUACACUGGAUGCAAAUUGUUUAAAAAAUGAAAAGACACCCAUUUAUGUGCAAAUGAUGGUAUUUUGUAUGUAUGUCACGGUAUGAAAUUUAAAGAUCAUCUAAACUUAUGAAGUGGUACUAAAAAUGAAGUUUAAGCUUCUUGGUCUGCAUGUAGCUUCCCUGCAACCUUGAACCACCCGGAACUGUGUACCGUAGACCAACUGAUCUUGCCCAUCUUGGAUGGAAACAGAUGCCAGGCUGAGCUCAGGAAGCCCACGGGCAUUGGGGGAACCAGCCAGCCAAUGACAGCAGCCCGGCGUCGGCUCAGCUCUCAGGAUACCGGGUGGUUUCCUGCAUAGAAUAGUACCCUUUGCUCAGCCUUCCCCAGCUUGACUCUAGGAUUGUUUGUAAUAACAUUUUCGAGAAAUAACCCAUACACCAUACAAUUCACCCAUUUUUUAAAGGGUGCAGUUCAAGGGUUUCAGUAUAUUUCCAGAGUUGUACUGUCACCACAGUCAGUCAUAGAACAUCGUCAUCAUCCCCAAAAGAAGCCCGCACCCUUUAGCUGUCACUUCCAUCUCCCCCCUGCCCCCAGCCCUAAUCUUUCUGUCCCCGUAGAUUUGCCUGUUCUGGACUUGCAUAUAAAUGGAAUCACAUACAAUAUGUGACCUUUGUGACUGGCCGCUUUUCACUUGGCAUAUGUGAACGUAUCGGAACUUCAUUUUUUUAUCACCAAAUAUUUUCAGUUGUAUAGAUAGACCACAUUCAUUUAUUCAUUCGCCAACUAAUGGACAUUUGGGUUGUUUUCACUUUCUGGAAACAAUAUUACGUAUACUGCUAUGAACACAUUUGUGUACACAUUUUUGUGUGGGUGUAUGUUUUCACUUCUCUUGGGUCUGUAUCUAGGAGUGGAGUUACUAUACCAUUUUACAUUCUCCCUAGGAGUGUCUGAGGGUUCCAGUUUUUUUCAUCCUUGCCGAGACUUGUUAUUGUCUUCCGUAUUUCCACCAUUCUUUUGGGUGUGAAGGAAUAUCUCAUUGUGGUUUUGAUUUUCAUUUCCCUAAUAACAUGUUGUAUACAU